CAGGUGCUGCAGGCGCUCGCGCACUGCCACGCGCAGGGCAUCACCCACCGCAACCUCAAGCCAAAGUACAUCAUGCUCGAGGAGGCGGGCGGCGCAGCCGCGCCGCACGGGCGCGCCGGCGGCGCGCUGCCGGGGGAGCGGUGGAACGUGCGCAUCUCCGACUUCAACUCGCCGUACCGCGCGCCCGAGAUCCUGCUCGGCUCGACGCACUACACGACGGCCAUCGACGUGUGGGCGGCGGGCUGCGUCUUCGCCGAGGCGGCGUCGGGACAGAUGCUCUUCGUCGGCGACUCGGACAUCGGACAGCUCUUCAAGAUCUUCGAGGUGCUCGGCACGCCCGGCGCGGCAAAGGCGACGCCGUGGCGCGGCGUCGAGGCGCUGCCGCACUACAACGAGCUCUUCCCGAACAUGCCGCCGCGCGACUGGGCGCGCUUCCCCGCGCUCGCCCCGCUGCUCGCCCAGCCGGACGCCGCCGACCUCCUCAGCCGCAUGCUCGCCCUCGACCCGACCGAGCGGAUCUCCGCCGCCGGCGCGCUCGAGCACCCCUUCUUC